AUGAUCCCUGGAGGCUUGACGGACGCCAGACCUGCCACUCCAGAAAUCCAAGAGAUUACUGACCAGGUCAGAGCACAGCUUGAGGAGAAAACCAAUGAGAAAUAUGAAAAAUUUGAAGCCGUCGAGUACAAAACUCAAGUCGUUGCUGGAAUCAAUUAUUUCAUUAAGGUGGACGUAGGCGAUGGUCAUUACAUGCACUUGAAAGUCUUUCGAGGUCUUAAUCGACAAAAUGAGCAUUUGGAACUUAGUGGCUACCAGACUAACAAAACCAAGGAUGACGAACUGACCUACUUCUAA